AUGAGUGCACCAGGUCCAACGAUGAAGACCUUUCAAAAGCGUUUUUAUACUGUCAUUCCCCGCUCCAUAUCUGCAUCUUCACCUUCCACAUCCCCAAUUUCCCGUCGACGAUCUGGUUCAACGCCUUCUGCUCGUUCUCUUUACAAUGCGCCCACCAAUUCCUCCAGUCCACUUGCUUUUUUUGACUCACCGCCUCCACCUCAGCCACAGCCUAGCAAACCCCACGUUCUCUCAACAUCCCGCCUUCCUGUCAAGGCAGAGGGCGAGGGUUCUGCCCAUCAAUCACACGGACAGCCCCCAUUCUCCUUGGCUCUAACAUCACCUCAGGCAAACCCAAAUUCCCCUCCCCACACUCCUCCUUCACACCAAUCUUCCUCUUUCUUUCCUUACUCACCGUUCGCGCCGAUACCCUUUUACAAUAUCGCCGUCGCAGACUCCGUCACUGACUCUCAUCCACGAGAAAGGAAACAAAAGGUUCGCUACCAUCUGGAUGUCGGCGCUUAUGGCAUACCGAAGAAGACCAAAGCCCAAGUCUCAGGGAGAGGUAUAGUCAUAGGCGGCGGCAAUAGCAAUAACAAUAGUUGGCGAAAGAUUGACCCUCACCCUCAGAAAGAGGAUCUCAGUUUCGCCGUCCAAGUUGGUGAGGAUGCCUAUUUUAUACAGGAAAAUGCUAUGGGCGUUGCAGAUGGUGUUGGGGGUUGGUCAAGAGCCAAGACACCUGACGUUGCUUCAUCAAAGCAUAUCUCCACAAAUCCAUCACCUAGUGCAUUAUUUGCCCGCCGACUAAUGCACCACUGUUCGGCAGAGGCCCUCCAAGCCGAGACCUUAUCAUUCCGUCGCCGAGAUGCAUCCCCUCCUCGGUCCAAAUCACCCCACCGGCAUCCGGCAUCCACGGCCCACAAUGCUGCAUGGCCCUGGAAGGCCAAAAUAGACGAGCUUCAUGAAGAGCUCGAAGACUCUUUAGAGGAUCUUGAAGACGGACUGGAUGUCCUAAUGAUCCUCGAACGUGCAUAUGAGACCACUCUCAAGGCUCAUGUUAUUCCAGAGCCUCCCUGUCCGCCUACGAAGGCAGCCUUAUCUCCAGGACUCGAAUCCAUACCUGAGGAAGCACCUCUUACCAACUCUGCAGAUUCCCCACAGUCCACCCCACACGCACCAGAAAUUUCCCUUCCAAAGAUGAUUCCCCUCAUGACAGGCUCUUCAACAGCGCUCGUCGCAGUCCUCCAACACUCUUCCAGCACGCCUCCCCCAGCUGCCUCCCCACCCCGCCCAUUCAUCUUCCAGAAUCCUCCAGAUACAGCAUCUCGCAAAGAAACUCAUGACGCAGUACUCAAGAUCGCCCAUCUCGGAGACUGCAUGGGUAUGCUGGUGCGCGACGAGAACAUCGCUUGGCGCAGCAAAGAGAUGUGGACAGCCUUUAACACACCUGUGCAGCUCGGUCCCGCAUCCUCUGCACGCCCUCUAGACGCCCAGAUCCUCAGCCUCCCAGUCCAAUCAGACGAUAUCCUCAUUCUCGCUUCCGACGGGCUCUCUGAUAACUUGUGGGAUUAUGAGGUACUGGACGAAGUAGUACGGUUCAAGCGGUCUUUCCUAAAGAGUAACGGGGAGGGUGGUGAGGGUCUUUUGGGCCGUCGAACGCUAGCAGGCAUGCUGAGCGAGGCGCUCUGUUCACGUGCGCGUCGCGUGAGCGAGAGAAGGGGGCGAGGAAUUGAGGACGGCGUGUUUGAUAUGGAGGAUGAGGUGCCGUUUGCAUGUCGUGCAAGGGAAUCAGGCAAACCAUUCAGAGGCGGCAAGAUAGAUGAUAUUUCAGUAUUGGUGGCUGUCAUAUCGCCCGCUACUGACGUCGUACGGAGUUCCUUGUAA